UCGAGUCGAGUUCAAGUGUAGCUCGGAACCGUUGGAUUGAACUCGUGAAUUGUAAAAGUUUGUUUUUGAAAGAAUUAUAUAAAUUUGAAAUAUAAAAAAUAGAAAUGAAGUGAUUUUGAUGCAGUUGCAAACUUGCAAUGGACAUUGACAUUCUCUGCGGAUACAAACGGAGACACGUCCACCGUCAGCCACCACCUCGCUCCUCCACUCUCACAUACUAAAAUUUCAUCUUCUUCGUUGAUUUCUUCUGUAAACUUCCAAAUUCCCGAUCAUUCACUGGAAAAAUUACACGAUGCGGUCGCUAUUGCGAUUUAAUCAACACAAAAUUUCAACGACGUCUGGUUCUAUUGAAGGAUUGCGUUAUUCUUCAAAAAGGUUAGGUUUUGGUAUUAGGAGUAUUGUCACGACCUGUAGAGCGGUGCUUUUGCCGCGGUUCGGUGGUCCUGAUGUUCUUGAAGUACGAGAUGAUGUCCGUGUUCCUGAUCUCAAACCGAAUGAGGUACUCGUUCGAGUUCGCGCCGUUUCGGUUAAUCCUCUCGACACUAGGAUGCGAGCAGGCUAUGGUCGUUCUCUAUUUGAGUCCCUCCUUCCCCUGAUUUUGGGUCGUGAUGUUAGUGGUGAAAUUGCAGCAAUCGGACAAUCUGUUCAGACUCUUAAUGUUGGGCAAGAAGUUUUUGGGGCACUUCAUCCAACAGCUAUGAGAGGUACUUACACCGAUUAUGCCAUUCUUGCAGAAGAUCAACUUACCCCAAAACCAUCAACAAUCUCACAUGUGGAUGCAAGUGCAAUUCCUUUCGCUGCCCUAACAGCAUGGCGUGCUCUUAAAUCUACUGCCAGGAUAAGUAAAGGACAGAGGGUAUUAGUGGUGGGUGGAGGAGGAGCUGUAGGUUACUCUGCAGUUCAGCUAGCUGUUGCAGCAGGCUGUGUGGUUUCAGCUACAUGUGAAAGUGAAAGCAUAGAUCGCCUCUUGGCAGCUGGUGCUGAACAGGCACUCGACUAUACAUCUGAGGAUCUGGAAGUAAGACUGAAAGGAAAGUACAAUGCUGUUUUAGACACGAUUGGUAUACAACAAACGGAACAGUUAGGGAUCAAUCUGUUAAAAAGAGGCGGACAUUAUAUGACACUUCAGGGGGAGUCUGCAUCAUUGAGUGAUAGAUAUGGUCUGGUUAUUGGCCUUCCUACUGCUACUUCCAUUUUGAUGAAGAAACAGAUUCAAUAUCGAUUAUCUCAUGGAAUAGAAUAUUGGUGGACUUACAUGAGGACAGAUGCAGAAGGUCUGGAUGAGAUUCGGAGGCUGACUGAGGCUGGGAGACUGAAAGUUCCUGUUCAGAAGACAUUCCCAAUUACACAAGUGCAAGAGGCACAUCAAGCUAAAGAUACAAGGAUAAUUCCUGGUAAGGUAGUUCUUCAAGUUGACUAGUAUACUUGCAUUUCUAUGGAUUUCUUCUUUCAGUAAUCUCAUGCAAAAUAUCACACCCAAUUUCUAUGAAUUGGUGUUUAGUUUUUUUUUUUUUUUUUUUACUAAUUACAUUGUUCUCUUCAUAAUAAAGCUCCAAGGAAUUUUUUCAACUUUUGUUUUACAUAUAAAGUGAUAUGUGACUUUAUUUGUCUUUGCUACAUUCAUUUAUAAUGUCAUAGAAUCAUAACAUAAUCUUUA